AUAAAUUCAUCAACAUCCUGUUGUACGUAAUAUAAUCAUUUUCUUUAAUUCAUUACAUAUAUUGAAGUACAAAAUUUUCCAACAUGGUUCGGCACAAUUCUUUGUUGUUAGGACCGAUGAUGUUGAUUACUACUUGCUUGUUGUUGAGUAGCAACACAAAUUUGGUUGUUUCUCGCCGUCUUUUGGAAGCAGAGGUUCCUAAACCCUUUUUGGCAGAACUUCCAAAGCCCACGCUGCCUGAAGUGCCGAAACUAGAGGUACCAAAAAUACCUGAAUUACCUAAACCCACGAUGUCUGAGCUUCCUAAGCCAGCGUUACCAGAACUUCCAAAACUUGAGGUACCAAAAGUACCAAAAAUGCCUGAAUUACCUAAACCCAUGAUGCCUGAGCUCCCUAAGCCCGUGGUACCAGAACUUCCAAAACCACAUGUCCCUGAAGUACCAAAACUUGAGGUACCAAAAGUACUCGAAAUGCCUAAGCUUACAAUACCAGAGUUACCUAAGCCAACAGUAACAGAACUUCCUAAACUGACUGUACACGAUCUGCCUAAACACGAGGUACCAAUAAAGCCUGAAUCGGCCAAGCCGACAGAGCCAGAACUUCGUAAGCCUGAAGUUCCAAAAAAACCCGAAUUGCCAAAACCUGAGCUACCAAUAGAGCCAGAACAUUCAAACCCUACAAUGCCUGAAAUGCCAAAACCUACCAUACCAGAAAUCCCUAAGCCUACAUUGCCUGAAAUGCCAAAGCUCGAGGUACCAAAAAAGACUGAAUUACCUAAACCCACCACACCAGAACUCCCUAAGCCUACAUUACCUGAACUACCAAAGCCCGUGUUGCCUCAAGUGCCAAAACCCGAGUUGCCUAAACCAACAUUGCCUCAUCAAGUGCCAAAACCAGAGGUGCCAAAGAUGCCCGAAGUACCAGAACUACCAAAGCCCGAGGUGCCAAAACCAGAGGUGCCAAAGAUGCCCGAAGUACCAGAACUACCAAAGCUCGAGGUGCCAAAACUCGAGGCACCAAAAUUGCCGGAGAUGCCUGGCCAUGGCCUCCCUAAACCCACAAUACCUGAACUACCUAAGCCCACAAUGCCUGAGUUACCCAAAUUUGAUCUACCUAAGGACCCAAAACCCACUGUGCCUUGAUUAAUUUCAUAAACUAAAUCUUUGCUUAGAAAAGCAUCAACCUUAUACUUCAUUAAUUAUUUCCUUCGAUGCAAUUAUUACUAAAUUUCAUUUUCUUAUCAAGUUAUGAUGGAUUAGUAUGUACGGAGUAUACAUGUACCGUUGUACGUAACUUUUCCUUUUAUUUUCUUUUAUGAUGAGAUGUAUUGCUUAUUACUCUAUUAGAUUUCAUUUAUAAAAUAUAUUUGUCGUGACAUUAUUAUAAUUUAAGAUCACUUGAUCGAUCAAAUAGUAUGUACGAGUACAUGUAUAUCCGAUUUUCCACAACCUUUAUUUAGUACGUAGUACAUGUCUUUGAUAAUCUAUAGUUACACGUCUUUGUAAUAAUUACGGAUAUAAAAUAUAUGUUUAAUCAAUAUCUAUUGCUAAAAAGGUAGGUGUCAAACUACAAAAUUAAAGGGGAAUCCGAAAAUGAGGUCUCGGUAAAGAGUUGGCGAUGAAUGUUUUUUUUGUGGUUGAAGACUUGAACGAUGUUACUUCAAUUUCUUACAUUAAAGGAUGCUAUAUGAUUUACCUACUUUUUAGUUUUUGAGAUUCCGUACAUAAAAAAAAAAAAAUUUUGAAAGAAAAUGACGCGCUCUCUAUCUCUGUGGGUUUGUGGAAGUUGGAAAGCAAACACAAAACCUAAGACCGAACCAUGACUGGCUAACUCCCUCUCUCUUCGACGAAUCGACGCAGCGACGCAGCCACGCAGGCCCACCAGCCACCGGCCCACCACUCCACGUCUCCACCAGGUCAUCCGAGUUCCGACCACCGAAGACCGAACCCAGAUCUGUUCAUCCGCAGCUUGGUCGCGGGGAUUCGGGGAAGAAGAACCGAGCAGAGCAGCUUCGCCGUCGAGCACAGAGGAAGAGGAGGGGCUGAGAAGUGAGAAGCAGCGACUAGCCGAGCACGGAGCACCGACGGGCGACGGAGGAGCGGAGGAGGCGACUGGCGAGGACUCGAGGAGGAGCCGGCGAGCCGCCGUUUAGCAGUGUCUCUGCCUAGGCUUGUGAAGUUGUGAGUCUUGAGUCGUUAAUUGUGAUUUCAGAUUUGAGUUUUGAGGUAAUACUUUUAAUUAUUAAACAUUAAUUUUUAAUUAUUAAACCUAUAAAUUUUACACUAUUGAUAUUUUGAUAGUGAAUUUGUGAAUUGUAAUACAUUGAUAAUUUUUAAAUUGUCAUAUUUGUGAAUUUGUGAA